AUGUUAACGAAAUUUCUUUCCUUGGUAAUCCGAUUUAGCGGUUCCUCCCACUGUACCGUUGAGGGUAGUGUUAGACCACUUGCAUUUAUAUGCUCGAACCUCGAUUUGACACAUGACUGCGAAAUUUCGAGACUUGACUCUAGUACAACGUUACCAUCAACGACACAGUGGGGUUCUGCAGAACCGCUGAGUCGGAUUACCAAGGACGCUAGUCUACAAGUAUCUCACCUCGUCCUUUCGGACGAGGCUGCAGUUCCCCGAUUCGGCACAAGUGCCAAAUCGAGGUUCGAGCACUUAGAGACAAGUAGACUAACGCUACCCCCAACGACACAGUGCGGUUCCACAAAACUGUUGCGUCGGAUUACCAAGGACGCCAGACCACAAGAAUCUCACCCCGUCCUUUCGGACGUGGCUGCAGUUCCC